UCAGUCAUCCUGGCUUCUCCGUCCUCUUCCACCGCCACUGCUGGCCAACGUCGGAGGCGCUCAUCGGCCGCAAAGCAUCCCCCGAGUCUCAACCUCCACGACGGCUCCGAGGCGCGAGGCAGGCUUGGAACCACAACUGGCGUCUCAGGCGGGAGUCCAGGGGGCACCCUACCUGUAAUUCCCGGCACACCGGCGAAUUUCGACAUGUCGUCAAGAUCACCCUCGCCGCAUCCUGGGGGCUGGUCGAGUCCGGGUCUCAACACCCCGUAUGACACUGGCGGACGAACGAGUCCCUUGCGGGGAUACGCAAACGGAGGAGCGCACAGUGUCACCUGGGCCUCUGCCCAAGCCAAGAGCGCAGAGGUGAAGGGAUACACUGCCUUCAACCCCCGGAACCAGGGCUUCUUUGGAAGGCAUUUUCGAAGGAUAUCAACCAGUUUACCUUUUAGCUAUGCCGAGAAGGAGAAGCUGGGCCGGGGCCGAUAUCAGGGAAAUAAGGCUGUACAAUAUCUGAACAGGAUUGGGCGGACGCUUUGGCGCCUGAGGAAGUCUGUUGGAUUGCUGCUGUUCUUGGUACUAUCCAUAACAUUGUUCUAUGUGACCCCUCUCCACCGGAUAUGGCGACGAUCAUCCCUACUCGGGGGCGGCAGCAAAUUCGUCUUGAUCCUCGCCGCAAACCAGGGAGGAGGUGUAAUGGAGUGGAAAGGCCCUCGUGAAUGGGCCAUUGAGAGGGAUAGUGUUAAAAAUAAAAAGAAGUACACGCAAAACUGGGGCUACGAUUUGGAGAUUGUCGACAUGAGUACAAAGAAGCGAUACGCCCAUGAAUGGAGAGAGAGUUGGGAGAAGGUGGAUACGAUUCGCAACGCCAUGCGAAAAUAUCCACACGCCGAAUGGAAAGCACUUCACCUUGCGAAGUUCUGGUGGCUAGAUACCAAUACCUUCAUCAUGGAACCAUCCUACUCUCUCCAAAGCCAUAUUUUCAAGCAACUCGAUGACAUCACCUACCGAGACAUAAACGUUUACAACCCCUUGAACAUUUCCCAUCCACCGACUGACGCGUAUUUGGACCCUGAAACUCGCUCCGCGAAGGGCGAUGGCAAACACAAUUCGAUAAAUUUAAUCGUACCACAGGAUUGUGGCGGCUUCAAUCUUGGCUCUUUCUUCGUAAGACGGAGCGUCUGGACUGAUCGUCUAUUGGAUAUCUGGUGGGAUCCUGUUGGCUACGAGCAGAAACACAUGGAGUGGGAACACAAGGAACAGGACGCCUUGGAGUACAUGUAUACCAAUCAGCCAUGGAUCCGUCCACAUGUGGCCUUCAUACACCAGCGCAAGGUUAACAGCUUUCCGCCAGGCGCCUGUGGAGAAAAAGGAGACGACCCAAAGAUCCACUACAAUGAGAAAGACCGGGACUUCCUCGUCAACAUGGCAGGCUGCGAAUGGGGACGCGACUGCUGGGCGGAGAUGUAUAACUAUCGCCAAUUAAGCAAUCGCUUGAACCGCAACCCAUGGGAAAAAUUCAAGGACUGGAUAAGCGACUCAGUCAAACACAUGAAGGAGUCAAAAAAGAAGGAUGAGAAGAACAAGGAGAAAGAGAAGAAGGGUAAUCACUAA